GCUCGCGGUGGGCGACGGGCGCCUGCGCAGCUCCUCAACGGCGCGGCUUGCGGGAAAGAUGGAGUGUCCUACCCCUGGUGCUGCGGAGGCUGCGGACCCCGGAGGGGCCGGACCGAACAGCGGCUCUGAGGAGCAGGAGGGUCGGGAACCGGACGGAGUGCGCUUCGACCGCGAGAGGGCGCGCCGCCUGUUGGAAGCCGUGUCCGGGGCGCAGCCGGCGGGGAGGGAGGAAGUGGAACACAUGAUCCAGAAGAACCAGUGUCUCUUCACCAGCACUCAGUGCAAGGUUUGCUGCGCCAUGCUGAUUUCUGAGUCCCAGAAGCUGGCACAUUACCAGAGCAAAAAACAUGCCAACAAAGUGAAGAGAUACCUAGCAAUCCAUGGAAUGGAGACACAGAAAGGUGACGUGAAGAGGCUAGACUCGGAUCAGAAGAGCAGCAGAAGCAAAGACAAGAACCACUGCUGCCCCAUCUGUAACAUGACCUUUUCCUCCCCUGUUGUGGCACAGUCGCACUACCUGGGGAAGACCCACGCAAAGAACUUAAAGCUGAAGCAGCAGUCCACCAAGGGGGCAGCUCUGUCGAAACACCUUACAAAUCCUUUCCUUGUGGCCUCCACCUUAGCCUUGCACCAGAGUAGAGAGAUCCUAGAUCCAGACAAGUUCUGCAGCCUCUGCCAUUCAACCUUCAAUGACCCUGCAAUGGCUCAACAGCAUUAUAUGGGCAAGAGACACAGGAAGCAGGAGACCAAGCUCAAACUCAUGGCGCACUAUGGGCGGCUGGCGGACCCUGCUGUCUCUGACUUACCAGCUGGGAAGGGCUAUCCCUGCAAGACGUGUAAGAUAGUGCUGAACUCCAUAGAACAGUACCAAGCUCACGUCAGUGGCUUCAAGCACAAGAACCAGUCACCCAAAACUGUGGUGUCACCCACAAGCCAAAUGCCAGUGCAAACGCAGCCCACUCCAAAGGACUCGAGUGUGACAGAGGACUAGAGGUGUUUGUGCCUGCUCAGCCUGUUGGGACAGCUGCAAGCCAGUUCCCAGUGACUGUGGGCAGCCUUGACUCCCUCCUCCUGUCUAAUAGCAGAAGAAUAUGGAGGCUUGAGGCCAAAUUGGGCUGAGACAGCCUCUGACUGGCCCGGAUGAGGCUCUUCCUGCUGCCUCUUUAGUGUGGCCCUACAUGUCAUGAUAGAGGAGACAGGGCUCUUGAGAAGACCUGAGGUGGUGUGUGUCCUGCAGGCCCAGUGUCUGUUUUUCCUCCUGAGGUCAGUUUGGAGCGAGUUCCUGCAGAUGAAGGAGAGCACCAUCUCUGGGCUCCAUCCUGAGGACUUCAUCGGGGCAGCAGACAGCAGACUGGAGUGACUGCUGUGUAGAAACUAGGAGCUGAUAUGUCGCUCCCCAUCCUGCCAGGGUGCAGGCUUGCUUGUCCUGACAGCACUGCCAUCAGCUGCCAUCUCUCCAGUUCCCAGUGGUGCUCACAGGCAUCUACAGUAGCUAGGAGCCUGAGGAGACCUGAGUGCCCAGUGGGAUCGUGGGAAGCACCGCAGGGGGCCCUUGUCCUUCAUUAGAGGUGCUCUGACCCCAGGCCAUGCAAGAACGUCUCCCACCUGCUAUGUUCCUUGAUUCUGUGCCCUUAACAGCAAACGGCCUCGUGCCAGCCUACUGAAAGGCUACCUGGUAUUAGUUGUGAGCCCUUGUGUAGUAGACGAUCCCACCCAGGUUGCUGUGGUGCUAUCCUUCCCUUGUCAUCCUCAAGGAGGUUUGGGGGCCCAGGAAGGAGGACUAGAGAACUGGUGUGAGGGAAAUGUCCCCCGGGCCUGAACUACGAGUCGGUUUUUUCACAUUGCUUAGGAGCAAGGAUUCUAGGAAGUAACCCUAAGACUUCACUUAGGAAUACAGUUGGGUACCAUAGAGAGAUGGAGGCCGGUCUUAAACUUAAAGCUUUGGCCACUCAGACAUCCAUAUAAAGAAUUUCUUCUGUGAACUAGGCUGUAACUUCAGAUCUAGGAUUUAUAACCAGCCAUGUUGAUAUUGCUGUAAUAUCCCCACACUGUCAGAGCCCAGUAAUGAUCAUACCCCAGAAAAAGUCUUCCUGGUGCCCAAACCCAGCCUGGUUCAUCGACCCAGCCACAUUUACCUUUCACAUAGGCCUUCUAGAGGUCUUGAGAGAACCUAAGCUGUAGAAUCUGAUUCAUUCUUGAGAUAGUCAUUCUAGCUACUGAGUGGAGGACUGCAGGGAGUCCAGUGUGAGCGCUGGGUCCCUAAGGCUGUCCCCAGGGUCAUCCCUUCAGGGUAGAUCUCCCCAACCUCAUGCCCAGGAUGCUGUGUCUUAAGUUCUGGAUAUGAGUGAUCGGGUGAGGAUGCAUAAAGGCAGGUGUCCUCUUCCUGCUCAGGUUAAAGAGCUGGAGGGGUUUCCACAGAGCAUCUCACAGGCUUCUGGCCCCCCAAGGGCCUUUUCUGUAACUCAGACGAUGCAAGGGGUGCUCCACCGUGGGAACUGAUGGCAGCCUCGGCUCUGGCUCCCUGCAGCUCGCUGUCCUGGCGCUUGCCCCUAGCCUGCUGUGAGAAGCUCUCCUUGGCUCCUAGAAUAGGCUCUCAGCUUUCCACCUCCCUGCCAUAGGCUGCCUCAACAGUUUUCCCAUAGUUGUAUGCAGUCCAGUGUGUCAAAACUAGUAAAGAUUACUAGGUAAGGAAGUGAAGGGCAAGGUCAUGAAUGGUGACCUGCCGUGACUCUCAGCUCGUAAGCCCACCUUGUCUAGAUUCAGGAUCCCUAGCAGCUGCAUGUCCAGCUUUUGCCCUCCGGGGACACACUUGGAAAGCGAUGAGUUAGAGAGUUAUGUAAGGGCAUGUGGGAAGGCCCUGGGCACAAGUACUACCAGCGUGGAGUAUGAAAAGACAGAAAUGAACUUGUGGUCUGUGUGACUUUUGAGGCUUUGUUUUCCAGUUUGUUUCAUGUAGGCUGGCUGGUCUCAUUCGUGUCAUGCACAAGGCUGGCUUUGAACUUCUGACCCUGGACCUCUACCUCCCUGCAUCUAGAAUGACAGGCACGCACCACCACAUUCAGCUUCACCCGUGUUGUUGUGUAUGUGAGAAGUCCUUUUUGUUUUAUCUCUGAGGGGACAGGGUCUCGUCAUGUAGUGCUGGCUGUCCUGGAACUCACUCUGUAGGCCAGGCUGGCCUCGAACUCACAGACAUCUGCCUGCCUCUGUGUCUCCAGUGCUGGGAUUAAAGGCGUGUGCCACCACCGCCUGGCAAGAAAUUCAUUUUUUUAAUGCUGUCAGUAAUCCUUUAUUUGAAUUCGUCACAACAGAGCCUUCCUACUGCUGACAGUUGUGUUUCUCCUUGAGGGUUGUCCCAAAUAAAGCUGCUGUCAUUUGG